CCCCAAAAGUCCAUUGAGUUCUUGCAGAUUACUGUCAACCAUCAUGGGUCUCAUCAAAACCGGAAUCCAAUUGGCUGGCGCUUACGGUCUGCUAAAGGCAGGGUCCAAGUAUGUGGAUCGCAUGCUUGACAUCAUUGGACAGACGCUAAUCUUCUACAGAGCCAUCAACGAACAUCAAGACAAGAAGCAAAGCCAACAGCCCAACACAAGUCAGCAGGGUCAUCAUUGCUCAUGCCACCACCAUCAUGAGCAGCCGCCAUACCAACAGCAGCCUCCGUACCCUCAACAGCCUCCAUACCCGCACCAGCCCCAAUACCAACAAGCUCAACAGCCUCACCCUUCGCACUACCACGCUUACGACCCUCGCAUAAACCCCAACCCGGCUCCUUACUACCCUCCCCCUACCAACGACCAACACGCGAUGGUUCAGCCUGCUGGUCAACCCCAUUCUCAGCCGAGUGGACGAUAGAUCAUUCACCAGCGCCUUGGAUUAAAUGUAUCGAUUUAGCGGCAUGGUCGGCGUUCUAUACAAUUCGGAGGAUUACCUUCUCAAGCAGGUCUUUCCUGGUCAAUUCCUGUACCUCAUUUAUUAUUUCACUGUUAAAUCGCAAGUCACAACCUCAUUUUACCAACAUUCAUUCACCAACAAAUUAAAAAAUGACUAUAAUAGUGAAC